AUGGCCUCCGCUGUCGAAGGAGAUCGCGGGCUGGAGUACAUUCCUGGUUGCCGAAGACCAUGGAGCCAGGAAAACGUUGCCACAACUCCAAACGGCUGCCAGCUUCGUGUCAUGACUUACAACAUCCUUGCUGAGCAUCUGGCACACAAACACGUGGAGGAUCUGUAUCCAAAUUGUCCCAGAGAGUUCUUGAGCUGGCGAUACCGGUGGAGGCUGAUCAGGAACGAAAUUCAGUACCAUCGACCAGAUGUUGUGUGCCUGCAAGAGGUGGACCGUUUUGAUCAGAUUCAGGCGGAGUUGGAUCCGAUGGGGUACCUUGGGUUGUUUGUGAAACGCAGCGGGUCAUAUCUUGAUGGUUGUGCCACAUUCUGGUGCGUGCGGGCCAUCUCCAAUUAG